CAAGCAGCUGGACACCCUGAAUGUCUAAUCUGCAUUCAUCACACACCGGCUGAGUGUCCAGGAGGAAGAGAAGAGGAGGAUGAAGAAGAGUCGCAGUGUGCUGACGGUGACGCCUGAAGACGAGAGCAAGGAGCUCCCAGUAUGCACUGGGGCCACUCUUGGUUCCGAGCUGCGUCGCUGCCGCCGUCGUCACUCGGGAACACUUACCUUACCACCGUUGUCAUGGCGACAGGCAGAGAGGACGCGGAGUCCCGAGGAGGACCUCGUGAGCCGACCAACCUCGCUGCCCUUCAUCGACCCGCCGCGCAUUGACAUCACACCAGUACCACCUGGGAGUUUAGAAGGGGAGAAUGGUCCGUGCAGUCCUCUGGAGCUUCAGAUUUCUCCUGGUUCUGCGUUGGUUCUCCCUCAUGGUCAGCGCAGAGAGUCGUUCCUGUAUCGCUCUGACAGCGACUACGAACUGUCACCCAAAUCAACCUCACGCAACUCCUCCAUUGUUGGAGAACUACACGGUGAAGAUCUCAUCGUCACACCGUUCGCUCAGGUCCUUGCCAGUCUGCGUACUGUCAGGAGUAACUUCAGCGUGUUGACCAACGUGCCUGGACCAUCCAGCAAGAGAUCGCCGGUUAGCAUGCAGCCUCUGUUAAACAGAGCCGCACUAUCAGAUGAGUCGUAUCAGAAGCUGGCCCUGGAGACCAUGGAGGAGUUGGACUGGUGCCUGGACCAGUUAGAGACCAUCCAGACACACCGCUCUGUCAGCGACAUGGCCUCCAACAAGUUCAAGAGGAUGUUGAACCGUGAGCUCACACACCUGUCGGAAAUGAGUCGCUCUGGGAACCAGGUGUCCGAGUUCAUCUCCAACACGUUCUUAGACAAACAGAAUGAGCUGGAGAUCCUGUCGCCUCCUUCCAAGUCUCGAGAGCGGAAGAGGAAACAGCAACAGCAGCCUCUCAUGACUCAAAUCAGUGGCAUGAAGAAGGUCACACAUGGACCGGUCAUCUCCAGCAGCUGCACCGUGGCCCGAUUUGGAGUCAAGACUGACCUUGAAGACCUGCUUGCAAAGGAUUUGGAGAAUAUCAACAAGUGGGGGUUGAACAUCUUCAGGAUUGCCGAUCACUCCCAUCAACGUCCGCUCACCUGCGUCAUGUACGCCAUCUUCCAGGAAAGAGAUUUGAUGAAAACCUUUAAGAUUCCAAUGGACACGUUUGUGACCUACAUGAUGACCCUUGAGGACCACUACCACUCGGACGUGGCGUACCACAACAGCCUGCAUGCUGCCGACGUCGCGCAGUCUACGCACAUCCUCCUGUCCACGCCUGCUCUAGAGGCGGUCUUCACAGACUUGGAGAUUCUGGCAGCCAUCUUUGCCGCAGCGAUCCAUGACGUGGACCACCCGGGGGUCUCCAACCAGUUCCUGAUUAAUACCAACUCAGAACUGGCGCUCAUGUACAACGACGAAUCUGUUCUCGAGAACCAUCACUUGGCUGUGGGCUUUAAGCUCUUACAAGGCGAAAACUGCGACAUCUUCCAGAACCUGUCCAAGAAGCAACGGCAGACCCUUCGGAGAAUGGUCAUUGACAUGGUGCUAGCAACAGAUAUGUCCAAACACAUGAGCUUGUUGGCUGAUCUGAAGACCAUGGUGGAGACCAAGAAAGUGACAAGUUCAGGCGUGUUGCUGCUGGACAACUACACGGACAGGAUACAGGUCCUGCGCAAUAUGGUUCACUGCGCUGAUCUCAGCAACCCCACCAAGCCUUUGGAUAUUUACCGCCAAUGGACAGACCGCAUCAUGGACGAGUUCUUCCACCAGGGUGACAGAGAGAGAGAGCGUGGCAUGGAGAUCAGCCCCAUGUGUGACAAGCACACCGCUUCUGUCGAGAAAUCCCAGGUUGGAUUCAUCGACUACGUUGUGCACCCUCUGUGGGAGACGUGGGCGGAUCUGGUGCACCCGGACGCCCAGGACAUCCUGGACACUCUGGAGGAGAAUAGGAACUGGUACCAUAGCAUGAUUCCUCAGAGUCCAUCUCCUCCGUUCUAUGAGGCUGGCGUAGACAAGUUCCAGUUUGAACUGACUUUGGAAAGUGAAGACGGGGACAAUUUUCACCAUGAAGGACCGUCAGAAACAGCGGACAUGGACAUAGCUCCUGCGUCCUCACCAGCUGAGACGUAACAGUUCACUGAGUUAGCGUUCGGUCAGCCAUGUUGGUUAAUUCCACAAAAUGAAGCUCAAUGAAAAAGCUAUUUUCUGGACUUGACUGGUCCGGAGGUGCUUUUCACAUGAGGUAACAAUUCCCUGGAGCUGGAGUUUGUCGAACUCAACUUGAAAGUUCUCAUGCGGUUUGCUGGUUCUGGCACUGAAGCAGGAACUAAGCAGAUCCCGAAGCUUAAACACAGCACCAGUGUUGGAUUCUAUGAAGUAGAACUACUGACUUAUGAUCCAAAUGGAUUUACUUUUUUUUGUACCGCCGUUUCAGACACACGUUUUUUUUUUUUUUUGCAACAUUUGUUCACAUAAUAAACAAAGCAGAACCCACAUAAACAUUCAAGAUGAAGGAUUAUUUCUGCCGAAAACAAAACCAGGAAAGAAAUGAAGAGCUUUCCUCGAGGUGUUUUCAUCUUAUUCUUAUCUGAACUACGGUUCGUAGAGAAACCUUGAAGGUGCACGAAGUUCUGUUUUUGUUCAGAAGAGACAGUAUUCACUGUGUUAUAACCUUUUAGUUUUUUUACAUGUUUUAAACGACGGUACGUGUUUUUGUAAAUAGAAGCGAAUGAAUCCACAAUGAAAAAGCACUUUAAUGCUGACACUGAAACCACUUUAGGAUGAGAGAAUUGUCCGUAACUCAAACGUCGUUUUACACCCAGAUUUGAAACCGUUCACAUUUUAUAAUGUCACCAAAAACAUGUUGCAGUGCAGCUGAUUUAAGACACGGCAGGCGAAAUGACAGUCACGCCGAUGAUCCUUGACGUCAGUGCCCCUGGUUUCUCAGUAAAGUCAUGCUCGCACAGGAUGCGGUUAAAAAAAACGUAUCCUGAAAUCGGGUUUAAAUCUCCUGCUGCAGGUUAGUGAUGCGGUCACCUGCAACACGCUUCCAGCCACAACGCUCGACAAAAUCAUCAACGUCUUCACACACUUUUAGUCUCACUGCAGCGUGUUCGAAACAGCUGCUCGUAUUAAACAGCGAACCAAACCUGUCACAGACAGACGACAAAACAGAACAAAACAAAACAAUCUCUCUUCUUCUUCUGACUUUUAUUUUGUAAGUUGUUGUUGUCGAUGUUAUUAUUGUUAUUAUUAUUAUUAUUUCUUUUCCUUUUUUUUUUUUAUUUUAAAUAACUCAUCAGCACUGCAGUACACAGCACUAAUGAGUAUUUACCCUUCUGGAACUUCCCUGGUGGAAUGUAGUCAUCAUACCUUACUUUGUGUUGUUGUGUUGUUGUAUUAUUUGUGUAUAUUGUUAUUGUGUGACUAAACCCACACCGUGACUUCAUGGUGUAUUCGUGUCACUCACCAAAGAGUUUAUUAAACCUCGUCAUUUUGGAAAA